AUGGAAUUUUGGGACGCACUGGGUGACCGGGGUGGUCGGAUGGGUGGUGACGGUUCGAAAGGAACAGUCUGCGCUAAGCCGUUUCGGGACGUGCGCCUCAGCUUUCGGGUUCGGCAGGAAAGGCAAGGACAAGAUUUGAACCUCGUCCGAUUCGACCCUCUCCGAUUUACUCCAGAAUAUCCAAACCCCACAACCGCCACGAUGAGACCUACGCAAGCUCUUAUGGGAGGACCCAGCGUCCCCCACGGAAAGUACUCUCACUACCUCGGCUGGUGGGGACACAUUGGUGGCGAGAAGCAGAGAGGCAUCAUCACCUACGGCAUCACCCCCAACCGCCAGAACCCCUUCGCCGGCGCCGCCCACGACGCCGUCUUCAACACCUGGCGCCGCUUCAGCCACCAGGUCCUCUACUUCCUCCCUCCCCUGGUCGCCGGCUGGUACAUCAUGGACUGGGCCACCCACCGCAACCACUACUUGAACUCCAAGCAGGGCCGCGCCGAGUUCGGCGACGAGGACAAAAACCGAUGCGGUUCGGCGCGGAUAUACCGUGGCACCGAAGCUCCCCAAUCGCACAGCUGCAGAGCCGAAAGCUUCAAUUCCCACGACCGUCGCCUGCCCACCCCGGAGUCCCUCGCCGUCGCCAAUCGCCAUUUGCACCCUUCCUCUUACAGGUUUCAAUUCAAAGCAUCACCAAAGAAAACCGCUACAAUGGCCGCCGAGAAGCCCGACCGCAAGGAGAAGAAGGACAAGAAGCGCUCCGUGUCCGACGGCGCCAUCAAGAAGGACAAGAAGGAUAAGAAGGACAAGAAGGAGAAGAAGGAGAAGCUCGAGCGCGCCCUCGACGAGCACCUCCAGGCUGACGUCGCCGCGACCACCGUCGCCAGCGGCGAUGUCACCACCGUCGUCGCUGAUGGCCUCCCCGUCGUCGGCGCCCUCGUGCCCUUUGCCGUGCCGUUGGCCGAUGAGAAGGCCAUGAAGAAGGUCAUGAAGUCCAUUCGCAAGGACGCGGUACCUACGCGGAUCUCACCGGCCAGCAAGAAGACUCUUCAUUCUCAGAACAAAAGACUAAAAAACACCAUCACAGCCGCCAAGAACAACACCCUCAAGCGCGGCGUCAAGGAAGUCGUCAAGACCCUCCGCAAGUCCCCCGCCGCCGGCCCCGGCAACACCGCCUUCCCCGGCGUCGUCGUCAUCGCCGGCGACAUCUCCCCCAUGGACGUCAUCUCCCACCUCCCCGUCCUCUGCGAGGACCACAACGUCCCCUACAUCUUCGUCACCUCCCGCGCCGAGCUCGGCGCCGCCGCCAAGACGAAGCGCCCCACCUCCGUCGUCAUGGUCUCGGAGAAGCGCUCCGCCGCCGACAGCAAGAAGGCCGAGAAGAAGGCCGGCGAGUCCAAGGGCGACGACGAGGAGGACGACGGCGAGGACUACUCCGAGGUCUACGCCGCGCUCGUCAAGCUCGUGCAGAAGGAGACUGCUAAGCAGUCCUUCUGGGCAUAG